CGUGUCUCAGUGCGUCUGACGUCAGCACGCAAAGCCCCAAACCCGAGACUGAAGCUGUAAACAAUAAAACCCAGCCCGUCCAUCAUCCAUGCGCUAAACAUGCAUUUAUCGGCGAUGACGGUCGUGUUCUCGGUGCUGUUGUGCUUCUCAUGCGCCUUCCGGUCCGCUCGAGGUUACUAUGGCAACCCCCUGAACAAGUACAUCCGUCACUACGAGGGCCUGUCGUACGACCCGGAUCAGCUUCAGGACCGGCACCAGCGGGCCAGGAGAGCGCUCACACACUCGGAGCGCGAGCUGGAGCUGCAGUUCCACGCGCACGGCAGACACUUUAACCUGCGGAUGAAGCGAGACACACGGCUGUUCUCCGAAGACUUCAAACUGGAGAUGAGUGGAGGAGAACUGGAGUACGACACCUCACACAUCUAUACUGGAGAGAUCUACGGAGAGCAGGGCACGCUGACGCACGGCUCUGUUGUGGACGGGAGGUUCGAGGGCUUCAUCCAGACUCACAGAGGCACGUAUUACGUGGAGCCGGCCGAGAGAUACUUGCAGGACAAGAACGUGCCGUUCCACUCCGUCAUCUACCACGAGGAUGACAUCAAUUAUCCUCAUAAAUACGGGCCGGAGGGCGGCUGUGCGGAUUCGUCAGUGUUUGAGCGGAUGAAGAGAUACCAGGAGGAUCCGGUGAAGGAGAGGUCGUCAGCGCUGGAUCAGGCGUUACUGAGGAAGAAGAGGAUGACUCAGGUGGAGAAGAACACCUGCCAGCUGUUUAUCCAGACCGAUCACCUGUUCUUCAAAUACUACAAGACCAGAGAGGCCGUCAUCGCUCAGAUCUCCAGUCAUGUGAAGGCCAUCGACGCCAUCUACCAGGGCACAGACUUCAUGGGCAUCCGCAACAUCAGCUUCAUGGUCAAGAGGAUCCGGAUAAACACCACCAGUGACGAGCGGGACCGGUCGAACCCGUUCCGCUUCGCCAACAUCGGCGUGGAGAAGUUCCUGGAGCUGAACUCGGAGCAGAACCACGACGACUACUGCCUGGCCUACGUGUUCACGGACCGGGACUUCGACGACGGGGUUCUGGGUCUGGCCUGGGUCGGGGCUCCCGCCGGGAGCUCUGGAGGCAUCUGUGAGAAGAGUAAGCUGUAUUCGGACGGGAAGAAGAAGUCUCUGAACACCGGGAUCAUCACCGUGCAGAACUACGCCUCACACGUGCCUCCUAAAGUCUCACACAUCACCUUCGCACACGAGGUGGGACACAACUUCGGCUCGCCGCAUGACUCCGGGUCAGAGUGCACUCCGGGCGAGUCCAAGAGCCAGGAUAAGAAGGAGCGGGGGAACUACAUCAUGUACGCCCGCGCCACAUCCGGAGACAAGCUGAACAACAACAAGUUCUCCGUGUGCAGCAUCAAGAACAUCAGCCAGGUGCUGGAGAAGAAGAGGGGCAGCUGCUUCGUGGAGUCCGGGCAGCCGAUCUGUGGGAACGGGCUGGUGGAGCCGGGCGAGGAGUGUGACUGUGGAUACAGCGAUCAGUGUAAAGACGACUGCUGCUACGAUGCUAAUCAACCCGACAACAGGAAGUGCAAACUCAAACCCAACAAAGUCUGCAGCCCGAGUCAGGGCCCGUGCUGCACGCCUGAGUGCGGUUACAAGAGCCGGAACGAGAAGUGUCGAGAGGAGUCGGAGUGCGCUCACCAGGGCAUGUGCAGCGGCGCCUCGGCCCAGUGUCCCACAUCAGAGCCCAAGGCCAACUUCACUGCCUGCCACGGGGACACACAGGUGUGCCUCAACGGGGGCUGCUCGGGCUCCAUCUGUGAGAAGUACGGUCUGGAGGUGUGCACCUGUGCUAGCGUGGACGGCACCGACGAGACCGAGCUCUGCCACGUUUGCUGCAUGGAGAAAAUGAACCCCAGCACCUGCAGCAGCACCGGCUCCGAGCGGCUCGCACGCUUCUUUAAUAAGAAGGUCACGACCCUUCAGGCCGGCUCGCCCUGCAACGACUUCAAGGGUUACUGUGACGUGUUCAUGAAGUGCCGUCUGGUGGACGCCGACGGUCCCCUGGCCCGCCUGAAGAAGGCCAUCUUCAACCCCGAGCUGUACGAGAACAUCGCAGAGUGGAUAGUGGCUCACUGGUGGGCGGUGUUACUGAUGGGAAUCGCUCUGAUUAUGCUGAUGGCAGGAUUCAUCAAGAUCUGCAGUGUUCACACUCCCAGCAGCAACCCCAAACUGCCCCCGCCCAAACCCCUGCCAGGAACGCUGAAGAGACGACGAGCUCAACAGGCGGCCCAGCAGCAGCAGCAGCAGCAUCAUCAGCACCUGAACCAGAACCAGCACCAGAACCAGCACGCUCACGGGCACCAGAACCAGCGGCAGGCCGCCCGUCCAGCCCAGCGCCAGCCUCAGCCCCAGCGCCACCACCGGCAGCCCCGCGAGAACUACCAGAUGGGCCAGAUGAGGCGCUGAGAGGCUUUACUCCAAAGAACCACACCGGGCCGCCGCUCCUCAUCAUCACAGUACCGCCAGGCUUCAUCCGGGUUCACGCACUAAACUGGAAUGCUUGACUGGAACAUGUCCGGUGCCCGUAAUGCUUCCGCAGACUGGAGUUUCUCUUUGGAGUAAAAACCAACCACAACUCAGUCCUUCAUUCCCUCACGGAGAAGCUUCACUCCUGAGUUUCUUUUGUAAUUUUCCUUUUUGUUUGUUUGUGUUCACCCUCGCGUGCCAAGGUUUACCGGGGUAUUUGUAGAUAGAGCGUCUCCUGUAGUCACUUCUUUGCUUUGAAAACAUUUAAGACUCAAAGUGGUUUGAUAUGAAAAACAUCUUUUUAAGGAAGUGUGUGGAGCUUCGGCCCGAACCCUCGCCACCUGCUCGGAAAAGGACUUUUAUUUUGUAAGACCCGAAAUAUUACGCCUUCCCUUUUCCAGACUCACGGCUGUAUAGAGAAACGAUAUUAGCUGUAUUAUACGAAGAUUAUUUCUUCUAUUGUCGAUAAGAGAUUUACAGUUGCAGUUUUGUUGACAACACUCAGGACUCAAAAACGCUCAAACGAAGGCGGUGGUUCAGCGCGACGGAUCACGCGUAGCCGCUCGACGUCAUCCCACCGUUUACGUUCUUCAUUCUGUGUGUGCGCGCGUGUGUUUGUAUAUAGCUCAUGUAGAAUCACGUCCUCACGUCCACUGCACUUCCGGUACACACCCCAACAAGGAAUGUGCAUGAAGAACUUGAUUUUAAUGUGUGUGUUUGUGUUUGUGUGUGUGUGCGUUAGCGGUGCAACCAUGAAGAUAUGCUAUGAAGAUCUACGAUCAUGAUCGUUUCAAUGGAAGCCUUUUUCCGCCACGGAAUAAAAGAUUAAAAAAGCAAUUGCAAAUUUCUCGCAAUUCCGAGAUAAAGUUUUGCAAUUAUGAUCUUUUUCCUGCAAUUGCGAUUCUGAAUUUUUCUUUCAGUUCUGAAUUUUCUUCUCACAACGAUGACUUUUAUCUCACAAUAAUUUUUUUUUUUCCCGAACUCUGACUUUUCUUCUCGAAAUCAUACAUUUGUAUUGCAAUUAUGACCUUUUUCCUGCAAUUGCGAUUCUGAAAAUUUUUUUUCUCACAAUGCAUGCAUUUCUCGCAAUUCGGACUUUUUAUUAUUUUAUUCGGUGGCAGAAACAAGCUUCCACUCAUUCCAGAUGACUGAAGGAACUGAAAGUGUUUUUGGGAUGUUCAAAUCCAGAAGAUCUGCAGACGUGCAAUUGUACGAAAUGUUGAUUUGAACCGCGGUCACGAUUAUUCCCUGCAAAUGUGUUUUAAGGAUUUAGCUGCAGUUUCCCUGUAGAGGAUACUCACAGUACUAUUAACACAAGGUUUAGUUUACAGUCCUUCAGUGGCGUCCGCUGAGACUCAUCCUCAUCCAGUCUCAGGCGUGUGAAGGGCCGCUCGCCGAGGGAACGUCAUGCGUGCGUUUGAGGACGCUUCCCUUCAUCCUCUCUGACAGAACGCAGGACUUUGAUUACGUCACGCUCAUCUCAGCAGGUGUAAACUAUGUACAGUAACUGGAGAAUAAUUUCUGUUAAUAUUCGAAGGUACAUUUUGAUACUUUUCUCUUUUGUUCACCUCCAGACAAGAGUUUGUCGAGUCCAGGCCGGCCGCCGAGCCACAUCCGGUUCUUCUUUUCCAUACUGCCAUCUGCCAUGAAGAAACAGAGCGGCGCUUCUGUGGUUUUGCGGCGGCCUGGACUGGAGGACAUCUAAAUAUUUGCCUGUAUUUGACUUUUAAUUUUUACGUAGUCUUGGUGAAAUUUCAUAGAGGAAAAGUGCACUGAAAAAAAAAGAAGUCUUAAUCGAGUCCAAAUGUUGUAGGUGAAAAUAGGCCGAACACUAAAACUGAGAAACGAAGGAACAAAAAAGAUUAAUACUGCUGUCUGUUAAUGUUCACUGUGUUUUAUACAGUACCUAAAUUUUUGUUCACUUUGAACAUUUUUACGUAACAUUUCAAAACGUAUUGUGCAAAGAGAUGUAAUUUUUUUGGAGUACUUGAAAUGCAUUAAUAAAAAGACUGGGUUGAAUGGC